ACGGUUGAGAAAUUCUCCACAAUCUUCCAGAGACGAGGUUGUGGCUGCGGAUUGCUUUCUUCAGAGAUCGAAGUCAAGGCAAUCUCAUUUACCAACCGAGAGCCCUUCCUCUCUUUCCGUUAGCUAAUUAAAAUAUUUCCAGAAACAGCCAUCACAAGGUACGGUCAUUUCCUUAAAGCCAUUGCAUCACUGUUCCAUUGGCCUUUGGACUUGAGUUAUGUCAACAGCCGCCUUGAUUACUUUGGUCAGAAGAGGCGGGGACCAGGUGAGGAGGCGAGUGUUGCUAAGCUCCCGUCUGCUGCAGGAGGACCGGCGGGUGACCCCCGCGUGCCCCAGCUCCACCUCCGAGCCCAGAUAUUCUCGCUUUGAUUCCGACGGGAGUGGGCGGCCGGCCACCUGGGACAAUUUUGGGAUCUGGGAUAACCGCAUCGAUGAGCCAAUCCUGCUGCCACCCAGCAUUAAGUAUGGCAAGCCAAUUCCCAAAAUCAGCCUGGAAAACGUGGGCUGUGCCUCCCACAUUGGCAAAAGGAAAGAGAAUGAAGAUCGCUUCGGCUUGGCUGAGCUGACAGAGGAGAUCCUGUAUUUCGCGGUUUAUGACGGACACGGGGGACCCGCGGCGGCCGAUUUCUGCCACACCCACAUGCAGACAUGUGUUAGGGAUUUGCUUUCUAAGGAGAAGAACUUGGAAGCCGUGUUGACCUUGGCUUUUCUAGAAAUAGAUAAAGCCUUUGCCAGUCAAGCCCAGCUCUCUGCAGAUGCGACCCUUCUGACCUCCGGGACUACUGCUACAGUAGCCCUGUUGCGAGAUGGUAUCGAACUGGUUGUAGCCAGUGUUGGGGACAGCCGAGCUCUUUUGUGUAGAAAAGGCAAACCUAUGAAGCUGACCAUUGACCAUACUCCAGAGAGAAAAGAUGAAAAAGAAAGGAUUAAGAAGUGCGGGGGCUUUGUGGCAUGGAAUAGUUUGGGACAGCCUCAUGUGAAUGGCAGGCUUGCAAUGACAAGAAGCAUUGGAGACUUGGAUCUUAAAGCGAGUGGUGUGAUCGCAGAGCCUGAAACAAAGAGAAUCAAGCUCCAUCAUGCUGAGGACAGCUUCCUGGUCCUCACCACCGAUGGAAUUAACUUCAUGGUGAAUAGUCAAGAGAUUUGUGACUUUGUCAAUCAGUGCCACGAUCCUAAUGAAGCAGCCCACGUGGUGACAGAGCAGGCCAUCCAGUACGGUACUGAGGACAACAGUACAGCAGUAGUUGUGCCUUUUGGUGCCUGGGGAAAAUACAAGAACUCUGAAGUCAAUUUCUCCUUUAGCAGAAGCUUUGCCUCCAGUGGACGCUGGGCCUGAUGGCUGGCUGGUAUGGGCCUGUGUUAUUGCUGCUGAUUGUAUCAAGAAACAGAAGAUCAAAACAGUCACCCAGGAGUCCCUUGGACUCUAUAUAGUUGUACAGUCACUGUAAAGUUAACCAUCUACAUCAUUGUGUGUUCAUAAAUACUCAUUAUAGCUAUGUAUAAACCUUAACAUAAACACCAUGGAAUGAAAUGUGCAGAGAUUGAGAGUCUCUAAACUAAGCAGGCAAAGGAAAACAUAUGUUUGUACAUUUGAGUGUAAAGUGUGAGUGCCUGUUGCUAGU